UUUAAUACGUUAUCUCUUUUACAACUUGGUGCUUAAUUGUUACCACUGAUCUUGAUUAAAAUGGAUUUAAAAUUAGUCUUAUUAUUUGUUUCCGUUUUCUCACCUUCCUUUGCAUUACAAUGUAAGGACGAGGAUGGUAACGAUGUCGAUUGGUACGUUGUGUACAAAUUACCUCGAGAAAGUGAUGAGGACAAACAAUCAACUUUGUCGGGACGAACUGGAUUUAAUUACGCUUACAUCACUUCCAAUGAUUACAAAGAUGGACAAUGGAAAAUUUCAUCGAAAACCGUAAAGGACAAAGAUUCCCUUUGGGGUCAAACCUUAGCACCCGCUUACAAAGACGCAUCCAAAUACACUUACGCUCUUUGGAACGACGCUCCAUCCAAAGGAAAAGAAAGUGGUACCAAGGCUCAUUCCAAGGGAGUUAUUGUCAUGGAUGAAUCGACCGGUUUCUACAUUGUCCAUUCUGUACCCAAGUUUGUCAACACUUUCGACGAUUCUUAUGAUUAUCCCGAUUCUGGUCGAGACAAUGGUCAAACCUCUUUGUGUAUCUCUUUCGAUACCCAAAGUGAAGGACCUAAAUUGGCUUCUCAUCUUCUCCUCAUGAAACCAAAUCUUUUCUCAACCAACCUUGUUGGCGGAAUCCCAAGUGAGUCCACCGAUUUCACCAACCUUUUCAAUCCCAAGUAUCGAGCCCCCAAAGACGCACCAAAGAGUUUGGAAACUGAGAUCACUACUCUUGGUGGAACAACUUUCCGAGCUUUCUCAAAGAACCCAAAGAACCUCGUUGAUUUGUAUGGUGCUAUUGUCGCUCCCGCUCUUGAAGCUCCACUUUUCGCUGAAACCUGGAGACGAGGUGCUGGUGGUAUCUUGGAAAGCGACUGUACCCUCGACUACACCGUCAACAAUGUCAUGGGCUUAGAAAUCAACUUCGAUUCAUCAUCUUCAUCAGGAGAUUGGCAAUUCAUCACCGAUCACUCUAAAUGGGCCAUUUCUAGCGACGAUUCAAAGGCCACUUACACUUGCGUCGGUGAUGUCAACCGAAUGGCCUCACAAGCCAAACGAGGAGGUGGAACUCUUUGUUUCGACAACAAGAAAGUCCACCAAGCUUUCCGAUCGGCCAUUAAAGUUAUCGAACCUUGUAGUGCCGAUGCUAACGGCGAAUCACAUUCGACCGCCGUUAAGGAAGGUCAAGAAAUCUAAAUUGUUUUCUCUUACGACGAUUUGAUGACAAGAAGCAAUCAAAAAUUAAUCUUUUCUUGAUUUACUUUUUGUAAUCAUCAACAAUUUAAACUAAUCAAUAAACUUUCAAAUCUUCAA